AUGUCCGCCCCUUCCAUCACCAACUUCAUCGUCAAGCGCCCAUGGCUCAAGCGCUGGAUGACGCCACUCGCCCAGUGGUACACCGACGCCGCCGGCUACAGAAGACUCGGUCUUAAGGCCGACGACCUGAUCCCCGAGGAGAGCGACGUUGUUCAGACUGCUCUGAAGCGUCUUCCUCCCAAGGAGGCCUACGACCGCAUCUUCCGUAUCCGCAGAGCAUUCCAGUGCUCCGUCUCUCACACCCUUCUCCCCGCUGCUGAGCAGACCAAGCCCGAGGAGGAUGUUGAGUACCUGAGCCCCAUCAUCCGCGAGAUCGAGAAGGAGAAGAAGGAGCGUGAAGACCUCGACACCCUCGUCGUCCGCCGGUAAUCGAUUCAUUAAUUCGAGCCCUUUUGUUACCGGAAUUAGACUGUCGUCGUCAGGAAUCGUGGACGGUCGGGAUAGAAAUGAGAAAAAGAGUUUUAUCUUGUCCGAUUCAGCUGAGAUGCUACCCACCACUGGCACCCAGCUAACGCUUCAUCGAACCUUUUGAUAUGUCGCUCAACCACGUGUACUGAUACUGUACAAAUCCAUCUGUCUUCGUCUUUUGCUAUGUUUCAUUCCAUUUUGCAGUUUGCAGCUUGCAGUUCGCAAUGACCGUAACCGCUUCUACGGCACUCCAUGCCUCGAGUGUCAUUCCUCUAUAUAACGACGUGGUCUGCGUCAUCAAUGGAGAACUCAAGCUUAUACAUAAAAUGUAUGAGUUCUUUGGACUAUGCUCGCCUUGCUAUCCAAGAUAUUCUGUCACAUCUAGGGGGCUAGCUAGCCCAUAGGGUUGGCUGUAUACAGUUCUAUAGUCUCAUAUGCAUCCUUCGGUGGAC